AUGAAGACUCCGUCCCACCCUCCAAUCAAUUCUCACGUCCUCAGAAGUUCAGCCAAUGGGAGUUCGACUCGCUCCCACCGCCUCAGCACGCUGCUGAAGCCCAGCCAAUCGGAGCCAGCCUCCGUGCGCUCUAGGCGGCCCAGCCAAUGGGAGCUCGGCUCGCGACCCGGGGCAGUGACCAUGCAGCGGCCGAGAAGCCGAUCAGGGUUUGUCCGGGAGCUGAGGACGUGGGCGAAGCGGCCCGGGGCGGUCGCGGUCGCGGUCGCGGCAGUGCGGAGCGGGGCGGUCCGCUGGGCCAGGGGCGAGCCCCGCGGGCGGCCCGCGUGUGAGGGCCCGGGGCUGGCAGACAGGCCCGGCUCGGCGGCUGGCCCGAGCCGGCUGCGGGUCCUGUCGAUGGCGCCGCCGCAGCCGCCCAGCCCCGGGCCGCCCCUGGGGCUCUUGGACAUCGGCCCCGCGCCCGUGGUGAUGGCGCCGCCCGCGGCCCUGCCCGGCCUGGCCAGGACGCCCGAGCUGCAGAAGCGCGUGCUGGACCUGGAGAAGAGCCUGCAGUUCGUGCAGCAGCAGCACGCGGACACCCUGCUGGGCCUGCACGCCGAGGUGGAUCGGCUGCGCCGGGACAACCGCGAUCUUCACUAUAAACUCAUAAUGAAUCAGAAGCUGCAGCGGAAAGGUGUGACCUCUUCCAGCUCCCAUUUUCUCAAGUCCAGCUCCGGUGUGGUGCCCGCAGGUUGCUCAUCGUCCAAAGCCAAACACUCAUUUUGCUGCCCAAAGAGACACGAGGUGGGGGAGUCUGGAGAAGAGAAGCAGGGCCCCAGCAUCAGGAUGGAGAAAGGCCCAGCCGGCCUCCCUCCCAUGAGGGAGAAGCAAAGAGCAGUGUCUUGGCAGUGUCAGGAGAGCAGAGGCCCCUCACACUCGGGGCUGGUCGCUGCCUCAGCGCUUCCCAGCUGUCCGUACGGGGGUGCCUCAGUCCUUAGCUUCGAGGCUACUUGGGGGUUUUACAAAAGUCUUGCUCAGUGCCAGGCACUGUGCCAAGCACUGGGGACACAGAGAAAGGUAAAAGGCAGUGCCUGCCCACAAGGAGCUCCCAGUCGAAUGGGGGAUGUACUCUCAGGCUCUAGACGGGAGAAUCUGGAGAGGUCUACAAAGGGGAGGCGCUUGCGUUUCUGCCUUCAGCAUUUGGCUUUCCUGGCACAUGGAGACCCUCCGAUGCCCCCGGGAAUUGCUUGUCUGAGAGGAUGUGCUGCCUGCACCAAAUGGAAACAUGCCCUUGGUUGGUUGGUGUGUUUUAGAGCAGAAGACAUGGAAGCGUCACCUUCCAUGCUGAUCCCCGUAAUGUCCUGCCAGCCCCAGCUCAAACACAUCCUGGGGAUCACGUCCUCGCUGAAGCUACCCCCACACAUGCGGAAGCUGUCCACCGUUCAGCAGUGUGAGCUGGUCAUUCGGCAGCUGUGGAAUGCCAACCACCUGCAGGCACAAGAGCUGCAACACCUGAAGUCCGUCCUGGAAGACAGCACCCGACAGGCAGCCGAAGGCCCUCCAGCCAACCAUUCCAAGCAUCAGGAAGGUGUGCAGUUUCCCAAAGUUGCUGAUAAGAGUGCAGCCAAAAAAUGUUUGAUCCUGGCUCCGAUACCUGAGGCAGAGAGAGCAGUCUUGCCCGCCCUGAAGCAGACCUUGACAAACAGCUUUGCUGAGAGACAGAAGAGAAUGCAGGCUAUCCAGAGCCGCCGUCUCCACCGCAUGGUCCUGUAGCCGGCACCAGGCUGGUGUGGACGGGGGCCGGGGGCCGGGGAGUGGGAGCACGAGCACGUCGGGGCAGCAGCCGGAGCAGAUGCCUUCCAAGGCCAGGUCACAUGGGCAGCGCUUCUCACCUUGACCUCUGACCUUCAGGUUCUCUUCAGUGAGAUGGUGUCAAUGCUUCCUUCUUGGCCUCAUGAGUCUGACCGCUGCCAUUCUCCCCAAAACACACGCUAACACAAAAAUGAAUUAGGAAAUUACUUUUUCCCUACCAGCUAGAGAUUGUUGAGUUAAAUCUCCUUUAUCUACAUUCCUUGUGUUGUGUUCCUUCGUAAGUCACUUCAUGAAUUGGUCUUAAGUUUUGGGGGGUGCCCCUGCUACCUCCAUGGACUCUGGCAUCCCCAGGUCCAGGUAACCCUCCCAUUCUGUUGCCGAGUCUGCUUUGUGGCCCUGCUGACUGUUAGGAGCUGUGCCCCCAAGUCCACCCAUAGAGCUCCCGUCUAUACGACAGUGUGAAGGUGGGCCAUAGGUCACUCUUUCAUUUGGCCGGUAUAAAACCAGAGGGUGGCAUCAAAAACAUUUUUCAAAGCCCCUGUCAUGGUCCAGGCAAGCUCGACAGGUCUGGGGUGCAACUUGGCCACAGAUCCAGCCUGUCAUUCCAGCCUGAGGAGGGCAUGAGGCGAUGGCUGCUCGGGCAGGGGGAUGCUCCAUCAGAGCCAUUCUUAAAUAUGGGGCAACUCUGGCCAGUGGCUCUGGUCUGCUAGACUUCUUCCGCAGCUCCUGAUUUUUGGGGAGCAGCUUUUGGCUGCGCUAAGGAACCCUGACCCAACUGAACCUGUCAGGAGAGCCUCCCUAAGCCUCUUCUUAAACCCCUCACCCCGCUCUACAGAGUCAUGAGGUUUUACCAGGCCCAACUGACGAGCAGGCCCGGGGAGCCCACGGAGGGCAGUCCAGGCCCCGGGGUUCCUGCCCAUCCCCAGUGGUUCUGAGCCUAGGCUUGGGUGGCACCUUUCUUCCAAGAGGCGGUGUCUGGAGGCUAUUCCUUGGCAUUCUUCCACCUUGACCUUGCUCUUCCUGACCACACAAACUACCUCUUAACAAAGAGGGUCUUCCUUUUGCUUUUUCCCCUUCCUCUCUCUGAACUGGACGAUUAUGUUUCUGAGGGACGAAUUUAGUUGGACAAAUGUCUAGACAUGAGGCACUGUGCCACGGUGUUGUUUUGUUUUUGUCAUGUCCGACUCUUUGUGAUCCCAUUUGGGGUUUUCUGGGCAAAGAU